AUGAGGGGAAACUUCACCUCAGUGACGGAAUUUGUUCUCCUGGGACUGACCAGUGGCCUGGAAUUACAAGUUCUCUUCUUUGUGUUGUUUCUGGCCAUUUACAUGAUGACAGUGGCAGGGAAUUUUGGCAUGAUUUUACUCAUCCAGGUCAAUACUCGCCUCCACACCCCCAUGUACUUUUUCUUGAGUCAUUUAUCCUUUGUGGAUCUGUGCUUCUCUUCCAAUGUGACUCCAAAGAUGCUGGAGAGUUUCCUUUCAGAGAGGAAAACCAUCUCCUACCCUGCUUGCCUAGUUCAGUGUUACUUUUUUAUUGCCUUGGUCCAUGUCGAGAUCUCUAUCCUGGCUCUGAUGGCUUUUGACCGAUACAUGGCCAUCUGCAACCCUCUGCUUUACAGCAGCAGAAUGUCCAAGAGGACGUGCACAGCCCUCAUUGUGUUUCCUUACUCAUAUGGAGCGCUCACCGGCCUGAUGGAGACCAUGUGGACUUACAACCUGGCCUUCUGUGGCUCCAAUGAAAUUAAUCAUUUCUACUGUGCUGAUCCGCCACUAAUUAAUCUGGCCUGUUCAGAUACCUAUAACAAAGAAACGUCCAUGCUUGUUGUGGCUGGAUGCAACUUUUCCUUUUCUCUGUUCAUCAUUCUCAUUUCCUACCUUUAUAUUUUCCCUGCUAUCCUGAGGAUUCGCUCCACAGAAGGUAGGCACAAGGCUUUUUCCACAUGUGCCUCUCAUCUGACGGCUGUUAUCAUAUUCUAUGCAACUCUCUUUUUCAUGUAUCUCAGACCCACCUCAAAGGAAUCUGUGGAACAAGGAAAAAUGGUGGCUGUCUUUUAUACCACAGUCAUCCCCAUGUUGAAUCCCAUGGUUUAUAGCCUUAGAAAUAAAGAUGUGAAAGAAGCCUUAACCAAAGAACUGUCCAGGAGAAAAGCAUUUUCUUAA